GGAGCCUACAUCUAAUUUGAAGUAAAACAGGUCCAACCCAGUUCACUAAUAUACAGGCAAGAUGGACACAGUUGAUACAUUCAAGGUCAUAGCAAUCGUCGGCUCAUUUAUUACAGGGCUCGCUGGCCUGUUGGUCUUACCUCUACAGUCUAGAUUGGACGACUCCACAUUUGAUGUCUUCGUCAGUUAUAGCAACGCGUUCGGGGGCGGAGUGAUCCUAGCUGUGGGACUCAUGCACAUGCUGAGCGAUGCUAACGAAUCUCUAUCUGAGUACUACGAUUACCCGUGGGCGUAUUUCAUGGCUCUGGUAGGAUACUCGAUAGUGUUUUUAAUCGAAGACGUGAUGCUAAACAAGCUUCUAAAACGAUUUCGCGUCGUGUGUGAGAUCAACAACAUGGGCGGAAUCGCUCACCAGCACGGUCACAAUGCCAUCGGCCACUCGGCAGAUGUAGUCGGCAAUGUCAACCCGUCCAAUGCCGAAGGAAACAAUCGCCACAGCGCAGUGGAGUUGGACGAUACUGAUGUACAAACGGGUAAGAGAAGCGCUGCCAUGGGGUUGGAGAAGGACCACAUACAUGGCAAAGGGGAUGAAGCUUCUCCGUCGACUGUUUUCGGUACCGAGAUGAAUAGCACUCUGUUGCAGGAAAAGUACACUCGGACCUCGGCCACCUUGCUGGCCUUCUGCCUCCUGGUAGCGAUCAGUUUUCACUCAUUUUUUGCGGGGCUGAGCAUCGGUGUAAUGACAGAAACAUCAGAUGUUGUGGCUACCUUGAUCGCUGUGAUUGCGCACAAAGGCGUGGCCGCGUUUGUACUCGGACAGUCCUUCCUUCGGUCGACUCUCAGCAAGCUUUUAGUGAUCUGUCUGCUGGUUUUGUUUGCGGCCAUGACACCCGUGGGGGUAGGUAUUGGAUGGUGGAUCUCUAGUAUGAGUGACGAAACGGAGAAGCUGUCCGGGUUUGUAGUGAGUCUAAGUGCUGGUACUUUCAUUUACAUCGGAAGUCUUGUGGUUAAAGACACUCCAGAUCGCCUGACGCCCAAUCCCGAAAAGAAGGCCGGUGUGUGGAAGCGGUACGCGUUGUGGUGGUUCGGUUGUAUUUUGAUGGCUGUGGCCGCGAUAUGGGCGUAGGAGCGCAAGCCAUGUGAUACUAUGUACUUGAAAUACUGGGUAUAUUACUAGCUACAUAUUCGCUGCUACCCCGUGGCCUGACAACAUACAAAACGUAGUUGGCAUUUAAACAGCGAUGGUUGCGAACAGAGCCACUGGAAGAUUUUGAGGUCAGGAGAAAGGAGAGAAAACGGCUACAAUAUGAGGGGGUGGUGGGUACGCACGAAAUUAUUUGGUGGGUACGUACGAAAAUAUUUAGCUCAACAGCAAGAUAGAAAUCGCUUCAUCGGCUGGGCGGUAGGUAUUGAAAGAAAGUUGCUUAUCAA